AUGCUGAGCAACGGAGUAGCGACACCUUGGCCUGGCUAUGCCAAGGACGAGCGGCGGCGGUGGAUGCGACGCUUCGGCAUCAAGCCCCAUGAGAUGCUUCAAGCUUCCGACAAAAUUGAAAAGGACAAUCAGCCAAAGGAGAAGAAGGAGAAGCGUCAGUCGCUCUAUAAAGUAAGCGAGAAGGAGAAGAAGCGAAGGAAGACGGGCUCUGACAGCCACCUGGCCAUUGCCAUUGGCAACACCGAUCCCAGGACCUUCCGACACUUCGGCGCCAGGUCCUGCAUGGUCCAGGCGUACCUUGACACUGGUUUCGAGGUGGCGAACCCCGAGCAUCUCGGAGAGCAUCCCUCAUCGGCGAGCAUCUCUGGAGAGGUUGUUGGAGAAAGCUGUGGCUUUCGCCUACGUUUCUCGACGAACGUCGUCGACAGGGAGUUCCUGUCGAACAAGGUGGUUCACUACUCGAUUUGGGUGAACUUGUUGUGCGUCUGGCAGAUUAGGUGUUUCAUGCACCAGAUGAACGAAGCCGACGACGGUCCUGCAGUUUCUAAGGUCUCCAUGCUCUGCAUUGCCAUGCAGGCUUUGACCGAUGCCUACGACUCUUUCCUCCAUCUCUGCCUUGGUCUUUCAUCACAGUAUCUCUUCAACUCUAUGUCCAUGAUCGCUCUCUUCAAGUUCCUGCUGUGCUCCUUCCUGGAAGCCCGGUACCUCUUGAUCAUCCUGCGCCACCGACGGCAUGAGGCCUUCGCUGAGGGAUGGGAAUCAGUGCGACGAGAAAUAUCAUGGCUGUAUACGCGAUUUUAUGGUGCCCUGGUGCUGGGGCUCAUCAUCAUCUACAACUGUCUUCCUUUUCUCGACCUCGUGGUGCUUCUUCUGCAGUUUUAUUGGGUGCCGCAAAUUGCCUGGGACGCCUGGCAGGGCACGAGGGCCUCGCUGAAAACCAGCUUCAUCUCGGGCAUCUCGGCAUCCAGGCUGCUUCUUCCGCUUUACCUUUGGGGCUGCCCCAAGUCGAUCUUCAGCGGAGAAAUCUACCCGCGGCUUCCCGGAGCUCCGAGCUUUCGCUGGUGUCUCCUUCUGGUCGGACUACAAACGAUUCAGGUCGGAGUGUUGUUAUUGCAGCGUCGACUAGGCGCUCGAUGGUUUAUCCCCUGGGCAAGCCAGGUGCCGCCGAUGCCCCAGGCGCCUGCUCCGCCGCCCCCGCGACAAGCACCUCCGCCACCGCCCCCACCUCCGCCACCCCCCCCGCCCCCGCCCUCCCCUCCUCAGCCAACAGCAAAGUCCACGACAUUUGUGGAGACAGACAGCACAACGACUACAACCACUACGACCACUACGACUACAACAACUACGACUACGACCACCACGACCACAACCACCACCACAACUCCAGCGCGAACUGUGCCAUCUGCGGUUCUGAGUGACAGCGAUCUACUCCCGGAAGCUGGCGACGGCCGACAGCGGCAUCUGAGCAGCGUGAAGGAGGCCGGCCACCACACCAUGCAUGGAGCAUGGCUCUAUGGC